CAAACCCAAAUCGGACGGGUUCCGAUUUAUCGGCGUUUUCUCGUGUGCGGUUAAUGGUGCCGUGUCGGCCGUCUACGUCUGUCUGGUCUGCUCUUCUGUUAUUACGGGAGGCACGAAAAAUGGCCUGCUCCGCUGUACGGUCGCCCGUCCUUCGUAAUUCUACGGUAAGGCGUUAUGCAGCUGCCGCAGCAGCUCAGUGCUCCAGCACGACAGUUCCUGAACUUCAGGUUUUGUCGAGUAAUAAGGUAACUGUCGCUGCACUCGAUAAUAAUAGUCCCAUCGCUCAAGUAUCCAUUAUCUUCAGAGCUGGCUCGCGCAAUGAGACAUACAACACCCAAGGUAUAACACAUCAUCUUCGUAUUGCUGCCGGUUUAAGUACUUGUAGAUCGACCACCUUUGGGAUAACCAGAAAUAUCCAACAACUUGGUGGAAAUUUAGUUACUACCACAGAUCGUGAAAGUAUUGCUUACACAUUACAAAUUACAAGAAAUAACUUAGACAAAGCUUUGACUUUCCUGGAGGAUGUCGCCACACAGCAAGUGUUCAAACCAUGGGAAAUAGCCGAUCAGCUACCCAGACUGCGCUAUGAAUUGUCCAUGAUACCUGAAACAACCCGUGUAAUGGAAUUGUUACACAAAGCAGCCUACCGCACUGGAUUAGGGUACUCCCUGUAUUCGCCAAAGAGACAACUUGGAAAGAUAAAUACAGAAAGUUUACAACAUUUUGUCAACACCUGGUUCACCGGCUGCAAUUGCGCGGUUGUUGCAACAGGCGUGCCGCUAUCGGACAUAUCUCAGUUCGCUUCGAAUCUGAAAGUGUGUUCGGGUGAUAAUGCCGCGGAAACCGCCAAGUAUCACGGAGGGGAAAUUCGCAAGGAACGAUCCUCCGAGUUGUCCACUGUAGCGGUAGCUGUUGAAGCCGCGGGUUUGAACAAGGAGAAAGAUGCUCUCGCUUACGCUAUCCUGCAGAGAGCAGUCUGUUCUGGUCCGCGUGUAAAAUGGGGCUCAAGCGUGUCUCCAUUGCAGAGAGAGAUAUCCAGCGCGGCAAGCACUGACCAAUUUGCCAUCGCAUCAUUCAAUGCCUCCUACAGCGAUUCUGGACUAUUUGGUUUCGUUUUGUCUUCUGUACCCAAUUGCGUCGAUUCUAUAACUAAAGCUGCUGCUGCAUAUCUGAGAUCGCCGCAGCUCUCCGAUGCUGAUAUCGCUCGCGGUAAGACUACGUUGAAAGCAGAGAUAUUAUACGCAGCGAAUAAUGAGCCUGCGCUUUUGGAGAAUCUGGGACAGCAAGCAAUUCUCAAAAACCGCGUGUACCAGCCGUCUGCUCUCGUUGCGGAAGUGGAAAAAGUAACGGCAUCCGAUGUCAAAUCGGUUGCCGGGAAACUCUGUAGCGGAAAAUUGUCGCUGGCCGCAAUUGGAGAUCUAUCCAACGUUCCUUAUGUCGAUGAAUUAAAGUAGAUGUAAUGUCGAAAAUCUGGACAGUAUCUGUAAAUUCCUGAUUUUUAAAUCUUCUGUCCAGUUUAGAAAAAGUGUAGAAUCUACCUGCGAUAUUAAUAAAAAGAUAACAUCGCUGUAAUUCGCAUAGUUCGAUAUCUGCCUUAGAUAUCUUAUUUACUUCCAAUAUGGAAAGAGAGAAGAUAUAUAAAAUAAGAUGAUAAAAAAUGGAACAC